ACGUAACGUAACAGCGUCCGUAGGACAGACCGUUGACAGCAGUGAAGAGCAGGCCGAAGUGGGUAAACAAAACAAACAUAUGACAUAAAGAGCGAAAACAACCGCGGGGUUUGAGCGGAUUUUCCACAUGUAUGAUGUGUAACGUUAUUCUGCAGCGUUUCGGAUUCCGUUAAAGCAACGAGCCGUCAGCAAAGAGAGGGCGUGCACCUGUCAAGCUAAGUAGGUUAACUUAGCUACCUUGUGCUAGCGUGUUAGCAAGCUUGCUGGCUCCUUGAAGCUGCUUAGGACAGCUGCCUGCCCGGCCAUGUCGUCCCCUUCCUCCUCCUCCUCUUCCUCCAGGCGCCAGUGGUGCUACCUUUGCGACCUACCAAAGAUGCCCUGGACUGUGGUGUGGGACUUCAGCGAGGUAGUGUGCCGCGGCUGUGUGAACUACGAGGGAGCCAAUCAGAUUGAAUUCUUAAUAGCGAGCGCCCGACAGCUAAAACGAACUCACGGGAUGCAGGACGGGAACGUCAGGUCACCUGGUCCCUCACCUAGUAAACACAGUGCCACCGGCAGAGGAGAGGCGGCGGCAGACGGAGGCAGGCCUCACACCGACCGCUUUGACAGAGGAGGAAGAGGAGAAAGCGCCGGAUCGGCUGUUCGUGUGCCGCCUAACGGGUUGCAUCGUGAGGGACAGCCGGCUCAAGAGGUGAACCGCCAGAGCCCCAGCGGCAGCCGGAGACCCAUGAUAGGAGCUGCCAUCCCUCCCAGUCUGGUAACGCAGAGUAUCGCAGGAAUCCCACCCGGGCUACUUGCGGGCAUGCCACCGGGUCUGACAGCCAGGACAGCCCCCAUGAGUAGUCCUAUGAUCUUCCCUCCGGUGCUGGCCGAAAUGAGCCGAAGGCAGCUGGGAAUAGGAAUGGGUAUUGCCCCCUUUAUCACUCCAGAACUGGAACGAGAGCUCAGCUCUUCCCAGAACCAGCCCAAGAUACAGACGCAGGUCCACAGCAGUGUGACUAGUGGCAACGCUGGCAAAAAUACAGGCCUCCCCUCUUCAUCCUCUUCCAUGGCAGGGAGCGUGAGCCAGACGAGCCCAAAGCCUGCCUCAUCUCCAGCCAGGCUGCCACGACCCCCUGCUGCAAGGUCCGGAGGGGAGCCCCUGGGGUCCAGCACCUCGGCAGAAGCAGCCACCACAGCUGCAGCGUUGCCCCACAGUGGUGCCUCUGAGCUCGGAUCAGCAACCACCAACAGCGCCCAUUCAACGGGGAACAUGCUGUCCUGCAGUUUAUGUCACGAGAGGCUGGAAGACACACACUUUGUUCAGUGUCCAUCCGUGCCGGGACAUAGGUUCUGCUUCCCUUGCACCAGAGUGUACAUCCAGAGCCGACGGGGGGACGGAGAGGUCUACUGCCCCAGUGGAGAGCGUUGCCCGUUGGAUAACUCUCCCAACAGUCCCCCUUGGGCCUUCAUGCAAGGAGAAGUUUCCACCAUACUGGGCAGUGGUGGAGCAGGAGCUGCAGCAGCUGGUGCGUCUGGAGCCGGGUCAGGGCCUGGACCUGCAGCCUCCACUACAUCUGGGGCAGGGGGUGGAGUUGCCAGUGGAGCCGGAUCAGGGAGUGGAGAUGUUGCUGUCAAGAAAGAGAGAGAGACGUGAUGGUAGUUUCAAUGGAAACAAGCUCCCAACACAGCAGCAGGCAGGUAUGCCGACAUCUGACUUUACUCCAUUUAAGUACUGCAUUUUACAGAGUUUUGUCCUUGACAACAACUACAGUUCUAAAUGUAGAUGCUCAACUGGCAAAAUGUUCAGGAUAUUGGAAUAUUAAAUGAAGUUAAAAAAGUGGAUGAAAUUAAGCAAGCGGAGAAACAAAAUGACAUUUAAUUUGUAAAGAGUAUAAGUGUUUUAACUGCACCUAGUCUAGACAGAGCAGCUUUGAUAAUGGUGGAAUGGUAAUCUGUUAUUUGUUUGCUUUUUGUCACCAUAGUUGUAUCACAUACACAAAGGUAAUGUCUGCACUGGACUGCUGAGAAAUCCUGAGGAGUGACAACACUCAACACUGCAACCCAUAGCUUGGAAAACCUUUGUUAUACAGGUCUUAACUCCGCCCACUUAUACCAACCAGUUCUAUCAACAUUAUCAGACCCUGUCAGGCGCCUGACUUAUGCUGCAAAGACUGCCUUCACAAACUGUAAUUAUAUAUUUUUUUCUUUUCUUCUUUUCUAAAUCCGUGUUGACUUUGCCAACUUUUAAUGUAAAUUUUGUCAAAUGUGAAUUAAAUUUGUAUGAUCACUUUAAAUAUCGGAGCUCACCCUCGCCAACUCUGGAACACAAACCUGUGUCAAAUUGUCAUUUCAGAAAACAGAGAUCUUAGUGAAUUGUCACCACAAUUUUUUUUUUUAUCAAGACGGUGAAUGUGUAACUGAAUAGGUCAGUGAAAAUAGCCAUCACAACGUACUGCUGGAAUCAGAUAUUCAGGACCAAUCAACAGUUGAAGAGUGGCUACUAUUGUUGUUCAUUAGCACUUGCAGCCGAAGCAACAAAUUGACUUCACCAGCUUUUAGCAAGAAUGUCUCACUUAAAAAAAUCUUCAAAAUGCACUUUAAGAAAAGAUUUUCAACAACACAAACCAUUAUAAUAUCCUUAUUUCUCCAUAUAGCCACUAGUUAAUUUAAGCUAGGCUAUUUAAUAUGGUUCUGACACUUUUAAUCUUAUUUCACGUCCAGAAAGUAAAUAAAGUCUAAAAUAAAUAAAGAAGCUCUGGUAAUACCAUAAUAAACACGAAUUGACCUGCACACAGCCUGCCCGUGCUCUCACAGCAAAUGACUGUAGGCUUCACAAUGAACCGCUAAAGCAGAGAUAGUAGCCAGAAGUUAGAGAGUGAUUCACUAUUUCUGGAAAAUAUUUGUACGGAAUUGAGCGUCAGUGAGACAGGAUUCAAAGAAUUAACUGGUAUUUGCUCGCUGUGACUGUUCCAGACUACUAC